AUGAACAAUCAAACUCGUGGCAACAGCCGCAGAGGCCGAUCCCGACCCGGACGCGGUCAGUAUUUCGUGGGAAACAUGGGUCAUCCUCAAAAUGGAGGUGGCCCAGGGCAAGCGCCUGUUCCUUUCCCUCCUCCUCCUCGUCCCCCAGUGGUGGCAUACCCAGUGUACGGACAAGUCCCUUGGGUUACGCCACCGCAACCAUAUUUCUACCCUCCUCCGGUGGCGUACCAAAACGCGGUGUCACUUGGAUAUUAUCCUUAUGCGCAUCAUGUGCCUGCAUACAUGCCUCCACCCCCACAGGGCCAGGUAGAUCAAGCAGCUCAAGUCCCAGGCCAAAACCAUGGUCUACGUUUGCGUCGCCGCCAUCGCAGUCGCGUUCAACCUCGCGGCCGGAGCAAUGGCAGAGGUAACAGGGGUCAGCCAAACAGGCGUCAGGUAGGCCGCGACAAUAGCUCAGCGCGACAAGCGCCAGUGACUGAGGGGAGCUCAUCCGAGGCUGGGGCUGAGGGGAGAAAUUCUCUUGCAGUUCUUCCAGUUCCACUCGAACAGAGUUCCGAUCUGGACGGCCGAGGGGUUAAGCAAGAAGACACUGAAGAUGAAUCCACUCUAGUUGCCUAG